UGAAAAAUUCUGCGUGAAUGGAGUUGCGGAGCGGAGUUCCUCUGCUAGUACAGCAGUACAAAGCUUUGUUCUUCAAGAAUCUGCUGCUGUCAUGGCGGAGCAAGCGCUCCACGUUCCUCCAACUCUUCUCCUCGCUCUUCUUCAUUUUCCUCAUCUUCUGCAUCCAGAAAGCCGUCCAGUCGCGGUACGGCUCGUCGUCUUCUUUUGAAAGUGUUACCGACCCGAAACCUCUGGUGGCGCCGCCGAUUCCGCCGUGCGAGGACAAGUAUUAUACCAAGUUGCCCUGCUUUGACUUUGUGUGGAGUGGAAAUGACAGUGCGAGAAUUGGAGAUAUUGUACGGAGGAUUAGGGAGAAUAAUCCCGGCAGGCCUAUUCCUGAGGACAAGGUUAUAGCAUUCAGAACGCCAAAUGACACAGAUGAUUGGCUUGCCAGCAAUCCUAUGCGCUGCCCUGGUGCUCUGCAUUUUGUUGACAGAAAUGCUACAGUAAUUAGCUAUGGGUUGCAGACUAAUUCGACUCCAGCUGCUAGGCGAGGAAGUUUUGAAGAUCCUACUUUUAAAUUUCAAAUUCCUCUUCAACUAGCUGCAGAGCGUGAAAUUGCUAGAUCCCUAAUUGGAGAUACCAGCUUUAGUUGGGUCGUCAGUCUCAAGGAAUUUGCCCACCCUGCCCUUGAAAUAUUUUCUGCUGUCCAGAGUGCAGGACCAACCUUUUUCCUGGCUAUUGCCAUGUUUUCUUUUGUCUUCCAAAUCAGUGCUUUGAUUACAGAAAAAGAACUCAAACUUCGUCAGGCCAUGACGAUGAUGGGUCUUUAUGAUACAGCAUAUUGGUUAUCAUGGUUCACAUGGGAGGGAAUAAUCACACUUCUUUCUUCGCUUUUCACCGUUCUUUUUGGGAUGAUGUUCCAAUUUGAUUUCUUUUUGCACAACAGUUUUGCAAUUGUCUUCCUCUUGUUUUUCCUUUUUCAAUUGAAUAUGACUGGAUUCGCUUUUAUGCUGUCUGCCUUUAUUAGCAAGUCUUCAUCAUCCACCACUGUGGGUUAUCUCACAUUUAUUAUUGGUUUCUUGACUCAGCUUGUUACAACAUUUGGGUUUCCUUACAGCCAGGACUUCUCCAACACUUACCGAAUUGUGUGGUCCUUCUUUCCACCAAAUCUUCUUGCUGCUGGUUUGAACUUGCUCUCUGAUGCUACUGCAACUCCUCAAGAUCCUGGUAUCAGCUGGAAGGGGAGAAAGAGGUGCGCACCAAAUGAUACAGAGUGCGUCAUCACAAUUAAUGAGAUCUAUAUAUGGCUUGUCUCAACGUCCUGUCUAUGGUUCAUUUUGGCCAUCUACUUCGACAAUAUUUUUCCAAAUACAUCUGGUGUGAGAAAGUCAAUGGUCUACUUUUUGGAUCCUCGAUACUGGACUGGGAAAGGUGGAAAUAAAUGGGAAGAAGGAAAUAUUUGCAGUUGUGCGCGUCAAAUUCCUCCUUUGGAAGAUAUUGUUCCAGAUGACGAGGAUGUACAAGAAGAGGAAAGCAUAGUGAAACAGCAAGCCCAUGAAGGCAUUGUUGAUUCAAGCAUUGCAGUCCAAAUACGUGGUCUUGUGAAAAUUUAUGCUGGAGCAAUGAAGAUUGGUUGCUGCAGAUGCAAGAGAACUUCACCUUACCAUGCUCUCAAGGGCAUAUGGCUGAACUUUCCCAAGGACCAGCUGUUUUGCCUUCUUGGACCCAAUGGAGCUGGAAAAACUACUGCUAUUAAUUGCUUGACUGGGAUUACACCAGUGACUGGUGGAGAUGCACUAAUUUAUGGAUAUUCCAUCCGGAGCUCUACUGGGAUGUCGAACAUUCGCAGGAUGAUUGGAGUUUGUCCUCAGUUUGAUGUCCUGUGGGAUGCAUUAUCUGGUCAAGAGCACCUUUACCUGUUUGCCAGCAUCAAAGGUCUGCCCCCUGGUUCGAUUAAGUCAGAGGUGCAGAAACUAUUAGCAGAAGUGAAACUUACAGAGGCAGCCAAAGUGAGAUCAGGCAGCUAUAGCGGGGGAAUGAGACGUCGACUUAGCGUUGCCAUUGCACUAAUUGGUGAACCAAAAUUGGUUGUUUUAGAUGAGCCGACCACUGGUAUGGAUCCAAUAACUCGAAGGCACGUCUGGGAUGUCAUUGAGGGGGCUAAAAAGGGGCGUGCGAUUAUUCUGACAACUCAUUCCAUGGAAGAGGCUGACAUCUUAAGUGAUAGAAUAGGAAUUAUGGCAAAGGGCAGGCUUCGUUGCCUUGGAACUUCAAUAAGAUUGAAAUCGCGCUUUGGAACCGGUUUUAUUGCUAACAUAAGCUUUGUUGGAGAUGCUAAUGGAACCCCCAACCAAGGAGAUACCUUUAGCACGGAUCAACAUAUAGCUGUGAAAGAGUUCUUCAAAUCACAUUUGGAUGUUUCACCUAAAGAGGAGAGCAAGUCCUUCCUGACUUUUGUUAUCCCCCAUGUAAAGGAGAAGCUAUUGAAGAACUUUUUUGCUGAGCUCCAGGAGAGAGAAAAGGAAUUCGGUAUAGCAGACAUUCAACUCGGCCUAACAACUCUGGAAGAAGUUUUUCUGAACAUUGCAAAGAAGGCGGAGUUGGAAAGCGCUGCUGCUGAGGGAACCUUUGCAACUCUUAUUCUAAACUCUGGAGCAUCCCUUCAAGUUCCAAUAGGUGCAAGGUUUAUCGGUAUUCCAGAAACAGAAUCCACAGAUAAUCCUAGAGGCAUAAUGGUAGAAGUGUAUUGGCAACAAGAUGAUUCUGGAGCUCUCUGCAUUUCCGGUUACUCAGAUGAGAUGCCGAUCCCUCCUCAUGUACAACUACCACCUACUUCUGCACCAACUUCGAACCUGAAUAUUUCAGGCCGACGAAGACAGGUUCAUGGAAUUGUAAUUGACCCUUCCCAGAUUGCUGAUUCAGAUUUACGAUGACUCGGUUCUUACAGGCUGCUAAGUACAGGUUUUUGAUAUAAUUUUAUCAUCAGAAAUUUCUGGUGCAUUGAGUCUUACAUAUAAGUACACGGGUGGCUUUUUCUUGUUAUAACUCAAUAUAAAUAAUCACAUGAUGAGUAUAUUACAAAGUAUA